AUGAGCGACCAAGAGAUUCGACAGGCUCUCUUGAGAGAAGCCAACCCGGCCAGCCGGCUGAGCCAUGGACAUUCACUCACCCGGGGCUCCCGCGACAGUGGCCCCAGAAACCGACCCAACCGGCACUUUCUGACGCGGGUCGUGGCCGGCGUGGACUCGCACAACGGCCAUUUGAAGCGUCAGGAGCGCGAGCGAGCCACCAGGAAGUUUGAGAUCCUCGACCGGUUCAUCAAAGAGGAGUUGGAGCGUGAUGAGAACAGGCACACAUGCGACAGAGAUCACAGAGAUAGAGACUACAGAGACAGAGACUACAGAGAUAGAGACUACAGAGAUAGAGACUACAGAGAUAGAGACUACAGAGACCGGGACUACCGAGACAGAUACACAGGUUCCAGGGACGGAAGUGUGUCGAGCACGGGCUCACGGACCGGUCGGGUGACUCGUUUCGAUAUGCGACCGCCUCCGGAAAAGUUGAAGGAGAUCCAGCCCAGCACCUCUUCCACACACAAUGUCAAGUUUUCUUCGGUGGUGGACAAGAUUGUGCGCCACCACAAGGACCAGGCGGAAGCCCGCAACAAGAUCUACGCCCUCACGUCAAUCUACAACCAGGGCCACGACCAGGCGGCGGCAGGGUUGUCGAUUUCCGGGCUUUCUGGAGCCGAACAGGUGGGAACGGGAUACGACGAGGAUGAGGACUACGAUAAGCAGUCUGUGACCAAGCGAAGGAAGAAAAGGAGACGGGCUGACGUGAACCGAGACGAAAGUGAUGGGGCGGAUGGAGACAGAGAGGACGACACCCGGCCAGGGAGGAGCAGGGAGAGGUCUAGAGAAAGGGGGUACUCAGAGAGGAGGUCCUCAGAGAGGAGGUCCUCAGAGAGUAGGCGCAGUCGGGACAGGUCUCGCGAGAACAACCACAGAUCCAGGUCGCCUCGAUAUUAA